UCGGUAUAGCUUUGAAAAGUGGCCGGUGCACCGGAGUUCCAGUUUCAAUAGUGCCCUCGCUAACUGUGUUCAAGUUUUAAUACGUUUGUAUUUUACUAAUAGCGAAUAAUGUCAAUGUGGCUAUUUUUCUUUCUGACGGCGUUUAACGUUAGCCUGUUUUGCAAAGCAGAAGUUUGCCCAUGUGACACCAAGGAAUUAUGUGAACAAAUUCGCGAUGAGAAGGACUUUGAGGUGUUGGUUUUCGAUGUGGGCCAGAAAGCAUGGAAGUCAUAUGAUUGGGACAAAGUGACAACUGUUGCAGCAUUCGGAAAAUAUGACUCAGAACUCAUGUGCCAUGCUCAUUCGAAAGGAGCUCGGCUAGUGCUAAAAGGAGAUGUUUCCAUCUCUGAAAUGGUGGACCCUGCCAACAGGACAGCAUGGGUCACAGAAAAAGUGGACUUGGCCAAGAAACAGUUUAUGGACGGCAUCAACUUAGACAUUGAGGAAGAAGUGGCUGAAUCCUCCCCAGAGUACUAUGCCUUGACAGCACUUGUCAGAGAGACCACUGAAGCCUUUCAUAGAGAGAUCCCAGGUUCCCAGGUGUCGUUUGACGUGGCCUGGUCGCCCAAGUGUAUAGACAAACGCUGCUACGACUACGUCGGCAUAGCCGAGUCCUGCGACCUACUGUUCGUGAUGUCCUACGACGAGCAGAGUCAGAUAUGGGGCGACUGUGUUGCCAUGGCGAACGCCCCAUUCAAUCAGACACUGACAGCGUAUCGCCAAUAUCUAGCGAUGAACGUGGAUCCAAAGAAGCUUGUUAUGGGAGUCCCAUGGUAUGGCUAUGAUUAUCCUUGUCUUGACCUCUCCCAGGAAGGCGUGUGCACAUUGGCCAAGGUCCCCUUCCGUGGGGCCCCUUGCAGCGACGCGGUUGGCCGGCAGGUACCUUACAGCGCUAUGAUGAAACAGGUCAACGGCUCCAUGUCAGGCAGGCUGUGGGACAAUGUCCAGCUGGCUCCUUACUACAUCUACAAGGACCAAAGUGGACAGGCCCAUCAGGUGUGGUACGAUGACCCGGAGAGCAUUGCCCUGAAGGUGGCCUACGUACGAGACCAGGGCCUCAGAGGCACAGGCAUGUGGAACGGCAACCUUCUGGACUACAGCAACAACCCGGUUGCCAAGCAGCAGACCAAAGACAUGUGGGAAGCCCUCAUGGGUCUAUGAGACACUGCGUUGAGGUUGUCUCUCCCCCGGAUCCCAGGGCUAAUUUGUUGCUAAGUCCAUAGACACUUUUGUCUGAGGGGGCGGAGGAACCAUAAAGCUUCUUCCUCUUGAACUCAGGGAAUCUGUACUUGCACUUCAAUGACAUGUUUUAUUUUAUUUUAUUGCAAUCGUAAAAUCAGUAGUUGGGGCAUUCCUAACCCAUGUUCUGUAGAAACAUUUAUAUUUCCAUCAGAGAUGCACUCAAAAAGUUACUGUCUAAAUCUUACAAAUGAUUUGGCUUCUGCGGGAAUAAGCCCUUAAUAAUACUGCAUACUAAAACAUACAGACACAUACAUAGAUAACAAAUAACAACACAUACUAAGAACACUUCACUCUUGUAUGAUGUUUUCUCUCAUUUUAUCACAGAUUUUUGUAGAAAUCCUGUUGAUUGUUUAAGGGAUAUAGUUUGACCUAGAUUCAUAACAGAGUGAAAUACCACUAACCCCGAGUGGUUCUUGAAGGCCCAUGGAGUCAUUUUUCACAACCAGACAUUAUUCACCUCUUUCCCAGCCAGGAUUGGCUAAUUCCCAGCCUGGAAUUAGCAUUAUUAGCAUCGUCCAAAAAUGAAUUGAAACUGCUAAUUCCAGCCUGGGAAUCCUGGCUGGGAUGGAGGUGAAUAAUGGCUUGUUGUGAAAAAUGAUUCCUAGGCCUUCAAGAGCUAUGCAGGGUAAGUGAAUUUCACCCACAUAUGAAUUUAGGUCGAACUAUCCUUUUAAGAAUAAUGUUUGUGUUGUAGUUGUUCCGGUUUUAGCCCUGAUUUUAUGUCAAUUUACAUGUGUCAGCUAAAAUUAAAAUGUGAUGCAAAUGUUUGUGCUUGAGAAAUCAAGUAAAUCCUAAAAUAUUGGCAUCUGAUUUCUGGAGAAAACAAAGGCCUUCUAGUCAUGCUGAUACGGAAGCUUUGGUAGUGUGCUAUGAGACCGUAGUAUCAACUCCGAUAAAUGACCCAAGGAAAGAUCCUCAAUGCAGCAAAUGGCAGAUUACGAAACCCCAAACAACAUGUAGGAUAAAAGCCAAAUCAUGGAUUUCACUGCUUGUGCCAGUAGAUAUCAGAGCAACUUCUCUGACUUAAAAUUGUUUGGAAAUGGAAAAUCAAAUAUUUUCUUAUGGAGUAAGGCCACAGUUGUGCUGAUGA